AUGUCUGGUUUCCUUGGUAUCCCAUUUUUGGCAUUAUUCAAUUCCUACAGGCCCAGUGAAUUCUUGCAUCCCGGAUCUAGCAAGGCAAAUUUUGGUGCAAUUACGUCCGGAUAUGAAGAUGACAAAGAAGAUACACGUCUUUUAUUUUACGGGUUUCGAUACAUAAUUGAAAAUUACGUGGCCGUAAAAUGGACACUCGAAGAUGUUGAAAUGGCAGAGAAUUUCAUUCAGAACAAUAAUACAGGUUUUUCAUUUCCCAAAAAACUAUUCAUCAAAUUUAUUGAAGAAAACGAUGGCUAUUUCCCAGUGAAGAUUGAGGCACUUCCGGAAGGAACCUCCUGUCAUGCCAAAACUCCGGUCUUUCAGAUCACAGCUGAGGGGGAAUAUGCGCCGUUAGCCACAUUUUUAGAGAUUUUGAUUUCAAUGACAUGGUAUUCGACCACAGUUGCAACGCUUUCACGUCGUGCGCGUGAUAUAAUUGAAGCGGCAUACGAGGACACUGUAGAUGAAGACGACCAUUGGUCUUUGGAAAUUCGAUUACGCGAUUUCGGGUUUCGUGGAUGCACAUGUCUCGAACAAUCCAUUAUUGGCGGAUCUGCACAUUUGUUAAAUUUCAUAGGAACAUCUACAAUGAGCGCUGCUUAUUAUGUUCAAUUUAAGCUCAACAAUGGAAAUCCCGUGGCGUCGGCUAUUCCAUCUACCGAACACUCAAUUAUGACCUCACACAAGUCAGAACAAGAUGCACUCUUAAAAAUGAUAGACCGCUUUGGAACAGGAAUAUAUUCCUGUCUGAUGGAUACUUUUGAUUAUGUAAAUGCAUUGGAAAACAUACUACCGUCAAUCGCUUCUCAGAAAUUGGAAAAGGGAGGAUUCAUGAUUCUCCGACCAGACAGCGGUGAUCCAGUGGAAGUUAUUAUGAUGGCCCUAAGGGCUGCUGAAAAAGUGUUUGGAAUCGAUGUGAACAAAAAAGGGUAUAAAAUCAUUCGUGGAUGUAGUGUCAUUCAGGGUGAUGGAGUGAACAUUCGUAAUUUGAAAGCCAUAAUAAAGGCUGCUAAAGAAGCCGGAUAUUCUAUACAAAACAUUUCAUUCGGUAUGGGUAGCGGAUUGUUGCAAAAAAUAAAUAGCGACACCAUGAGCUUUGCCACUAAGCUCAACCAUACGACUUAUUAUGAAAGAAAACAAGAUGGUACUAAAAAUAAGAAAAUGAAGUUGGAAAAUGUUGAACUUAUUGGGGAAUUGGUUGUAAAGAAAAAUGAACAAGGGGUUCCGAUUGUAUACCCUAAAGAAAGUUGCUCCGAAAAUGAUCCUGAUAACCUUUUACGCGUUGUUUACGAUCAUGGUAAGGUUUUUGAGUGGGAGGACUUUGAUACCAUUCGAAAAAGAGUUGCCAAAGAAUGGCCGGCUCUACCUAAAACUUUUGACAACAUUAGCCCAGAACUCAAGGAAAAGAUAGACCAAACUUUUGGAAAUCUGAAAUCCAAUUAA